CCACCUAUCUUUCCUUUUUUUUCUUUUUCUUUUUCUUUAUUAUUUCUAUAGAUGAAAUUAUUAUUAUUACCAAAUGAAAUUGUUUCCAACAUCUUUUUAUAUUUAUCUAUUCAAGACUUAGCAAGAAUAGAACGAACUUGUCAAUGUUUCCAAUCAUGGGCUUUAUAUGAAAUAGAAAGACGUAUCAAAACUUGUUCUUUACAUGAAGAUUGGGAUAUUCUAAUACACUUAGGACAUGUUGUUGUAACACCAGCAAGAUUUGACCCUAGAACGAAAAAGGUGUUUUAUUCAGUACCAAUGGAUCCUAUUCGUAUCAAAACAAUGUAUGAUCAUCGACGAGAAAUUCAUUGUGGUUUAUCAUGGUCAUGUAGCAACAAUAAACAACGCUGGGCAUAUGAUGGUUUACAAAUAAUAGUAGAAGAAGGUAUGAAAGAAGGUAUUACAGAACAAGUAGAUAUUCAAGGGAAUGGUGGAUGCGAAUUACAUGCUUCUUUGACUCGUCUGCAGCAACAACUCGAAUAUCAACAAAAUGAUCAUGUUUUACCUAUAGAAUGGAUUGCUCCUUUACCUUUGAUAUAUUCUAUUCAAGUAGAUGAAUUAUCUCUACCCUUGUCUAAACUUCUUUGUAUCGAAUCAUGGUCCAUUUGUGAAAAUCAAGUAACAAGUCCUUCUAUGACAAAUCAACAUUGAAUCAAUCCCAUUAGUAUAGAUUAUAAUCAAAUCAUUUCUCUCCCUCCCCCCUCUCUCUUCAUACACAUAACGAUAUUGUAACAAUUUUUUUUUAAUAAAGUCAAU